GUACCACUUUGAUCCAUGGUUUGAUCCAUGGCUAUCACAGAAAACCAGUCGGCUGAUCACGAAGAAGAAAAGCUUAGUGAUGAGUGCAAGGCCCACCUUCUUUCUCUUCCAAAAGAGAAGGGCUGGAGAACCCUUCACCAAUAUCAAUUCCAGGGCUUCUGGUGCCAAGCAGCUGAAAUCCAAUCCAUAAUGGCUUUCCAGAACCACUUCCAAGCUAGUGACUCCGACGUAGUCUUGGCCAGCAUCCCAAAAUCUGGCACAACAUGGUUAAAAGCCUUGGCUUUUGCUGUCGUGAACCGACACCGUUUCGACAUCAAGAGCCAUCCCUUGCUCACUUCCAACCCUCAUCAUCUUGUGCCAUUCCUCGAGUACAAUCUUUAUGCAGACAACCAACUUCCUGAUCUCUCCAAAUUUCCUGAGCCACGACUGUUUGGGACACACGUCCCGUAUCCUUCGUUGGGUACAAUCAAAAAGUCCAACUGUAAGAUAGUUUAUAUCUGCAGAAACCCAUUCGACACAUUUGUUUCUACUUGGCAUUUCAUCAACAAAGGGAAGCCACAGUCUCAAGCUCCAAUGUUGCUUGAGGAGGCCUUUGAUAUGUAUUGCAAAGGCAUCAUUGGGUUUGGUCCAUUUUGGGAGCACAUGUUGGGGUACUGGAAAGAGAGCUUGAACAGACCCGACAAAGUCUUGUUCUUGAAAUACGAGGACAUGAAGGAGGAUGGUGCAUUUCACUUGAAAAGAUUGGCAAAGUUUUUGGAGUACCCUUUUACUCUGGAAGAGGAGAGAAAUGGGGUGAUUCAAGACAUAGAAAAGCUCUGUUCUUUUGAGACCAUGAAGAAAUUGGAGGUGAAUAAAAGUGGCAUGUUUGUCAAGAACUUUGAGAAUAAGAGCCUCUUCAGAAAAGCUGAGGUGGGAGAUUGGGUUAACUAUUUGAACCCUAAGAUGGCGGAGAGAUUGUCCAAAGUUAUAGAAGAAAGGUUGGGUGGAUCUGGUUUGCGAUUCAAUGUGUUUUCCUAGCUAGCUAGACCCAGUCCCAGCUUGGAUCUCAUCAGUUAAGCUUUAUGGUUGUAUUAUCGAUUAUAUACCGUGUACGGUGUAUGUCAACUUCUUUGUUUAAUGUUCUCUAAAAUGUAAGUGUGCUUGAGCAUCUCUAUAAAAUAAGGGAGUGAAAUUUACACUUCUUAAUUUACAUCAA